AUGCUGCUUCAUUGGGCUCGUUCGGCCAUGGCCUCUGGCGAGGAGUUCUCUCAGGCCAUUCGAAAGAAGCGUAUCGUACUUCAGGAGAACGAGAGCUGGGAAGUCAAUGUAAGUCGCUGUAUUCUGAUGUGA